AGUGCGUCACGUCAACCUGCUGGGGAUGCCGGGAGUUGUAGUUAAGUGGCCACUUCUCGCACCCCAAUUCAUCUUUCUUCAAACAAGAAAACACCUUGGAACCCUGAAGAGGGUCUCUUUCUGCCCAACACGUCUAUUAAUCCCUCCAUUUUGCAGUCGACAAAGCGCACUCUCAGCGCGAAGACGGAAUACCGAACUACAAAUCCCGGCAUGCUCCGCAGAGCUCCCGGAGCGCUGGCCGCCGUCGUAAGUGCGGGCCUCAUGAAUGGGGCGCUGGGUGUAAGGCGAAGCCUGGCACGGUCCGCGCGGCCGCUACCUGCUCCCAGCGCGUGAGUGCGGGUGUGGGCCGUGCGCGUGCGCGCGCGAAGGGGGCGCGAGGCCAGCGCGCAGGACCGUUGCUGGUGCCUGGCGGCUAAGGUUGGCGGCCGCGCCGCGCGCCCUAGGGGCCGGUGUUUGCGGGGCCUCCCGCCUCGACCCGGGGUGCGGACAGCCGUGGCGGCCGCAGGAGACCGCAAGGGGCGGAGGAAAGGAGGGGCUCGGCCCCGGCACGCGGAGGAACAGCCGAGUAUGCCCCGAGACAACAUGGCCUCCCUGAUCCAACGGAUCGCCCGCCAGGCUUGCCUCACCUUCCGGGGCGGCGGGGGCGGCCGCAGAGCUUCCGACCGCGGCGCGGCGUCUGGCCCCGAGGCGCCGAUGCCGCCGGGCUUUCCGGAGAACCUGAGCAAGCUGAAGAGCCUGCUGACCCAGAUUCGCGCCGAGGACUUGAAUAUCGCCCCACGCAAGGCCACGCUGCAGCCGCUACCGCCCAACCUGCCACCCGUCACCUACAUGCACAUCUACGAGACCGAGGGCUUCAGCCUGGGCGUGUUCCUGCUUAAGAGCGGCACGUCCAUCCCGCUGCAUGACCACCCGGGCAUGCACGGUAUGCUCAAGGUGCUCUACGGCACUGUGCGCAUCAGCUGCAUGGACAAGCUGGAGGCGGGCGGCGGGCAGCGGCCGCGGGCCCCGCCGCCGGAGCAGCAGUUCGAGCCGCCCCUGCAGCCCCGAGAGCGGGAUGCCAUGCGGCCGGGAGUGCUGCGUUCGCGGGCCGAGUACACAGAGGCCAGCGGUCCCUGCGUCCUUACGCCGCACCGGGACAACCUGCACCAGAUCGAUGCAGUGGACGGGCCUGCCGCCUUCCUGGACAUCCUGGCCCCGCCCUACGACCCAGAGGAUGGCCGGGACUGCCACUAUUACCGGGUGCUGGAGCCCAUCAGGUCCAAAGAGGACUCCGGCUCGGCCUGUGACCUGCCCCGAGAGGUGUGGCUUCUGGAGACCCCGCAGGCCGAUGACUUCUGGUGCGAGGGAGAGCCAUAUCCAGGACCUAAGGUCUUCCCUUGAAGUCCCCGGCGCCUGGGAGAGGUGGGCCGAAAACGUGCCCUAGCCUAUCUGGGCCUGGUUCCCCACGACCCACCACAAGGGCUCUGUCUCUGCCCCCUAGCUUGGGCGUUGGAUCUACUGGAAUGAGCGUUAGCCGCUUCCUUGGCAGCUUUGGGAAGCACGGGCGACUGGACA